AUGUUCUUUAUUUUGGCUCUUUUUCUUUUAAAAAUUUCUCGUCAUAAAUUUUUCAUUCUUCUUUUUCUUCUGCAUUUAUUUAUCUGUACACUGCCUCACCUUCCUUCUGCGUUCUCACAUUCUUUUCUUCAUUCUUUUCCUUUUUAUUCUUGUCUUUCUUCUUCGCUUACUUCCGGUCAGACAUUCUUUUCUGUUUCUUCCUCAGGGUUUCUUCAUUCUCUUUCUUUUGUUCCACUUAAAAAAAAAAAAAAAAGAUUCCCAUAUUCGCCUCUGAUUUUUUUUGUGGGGGGAGGCGGGGUCCUGACAUUCUUGCAUAUCGGCUUUACUAUUUUAAUUCCUUUUUUCUUCCUCUUCUCUAAGUUCACUUGUUUCUUAGACAUUGUCACUUUUUCCUCUUUUUUCCGUCUCUGGUUGCCAAUGAUUUCCAUCCUAUCUUUUCAUUCACAUAUUUCUUUUCUUUUACAUUCUCCUCCUUUUUCUUUUCAUUCUCAUUCUCACAUUUAUUCAUUUCAUUCUCAUUCUUCUAUUUAUUCUUCAUUUUCUCAUUUUUUCUUUUUUUUUUCCCAUUCUCCUAUUUUUUUUUCAUUUUGCAAUUCUCCUUUUCUUCUUCAUUAUUCUCUACUAUUAUUUCUUCUUCUCUUUCCCAUUUUCCCUUUUCUACAUUUACCUAUUUCUUUUUCAUUUUCCUAUUCUCCCGUUUCUUUUCUAUAG